ACGCCUGGGCUAGUCAGUCCAACAAUCUUUAUUGACAAAGUCCCGGUUGACAACUCCAGAGGCGCAUGCGUGCAGCUAUACCCGGUGUUUCACCUGCAUCUUAUCACUGAUGAAAAAGCAAGGGUCUACCGGCGGGGGCGGGGCUACCGACCGCCUCACCAAGCCCAGUUGUCUGAUCGUCUGCAGCGCCGUUACCGGAGGUGUCUCGGCACAAUCCUUCCUGCAGACCUUCACCCUUGCAAGUUCAGCCUUUAACCUACAAGUGGCUUCUCCUGGGGGAAAAGCUCUAGAUUUUGUAGGUAUCAGCGAGGUAGACACAAGAUGGUUCCAAGAUUUCCAACUUAAGCCGUAUGCCAAUCCAGCAAGACUAGAGUCAAUAGAUGGUUCUCGCUAUCAUGCACUUUUAAUCCCACAUUGCCCGGGAGCUAUGACGGACUUGGCUAACAGCGGUUAUCUGGCCAAAAUCUUGCAGCACUUUAAAACAGAAAAAAAACCCAUUUGUGCCAUAGGGCAUGGAGUGACCGCGCUAUGCUGUGUAACCAGUGAGGAUAAAUCCUGGGCCUUCCAGGACUACAGCCUCACCGGGCCUUCUGUGUAUGAACUGGUCCGUCAGCCAGACUUCGCCAACUUGCCGCUCAUCCUAGAAGACUUUGCUAAGGACUCUGGAGCCACGUUUAGUGCCAGCGAGCCGGACGCCGUUCACUUGGUCUUGGACAGACAUUUGAUUACAGGACAGAAUGAAAACUCCACAAUGGCUGCAGUACAGAAUCUGAUCCUGCUCUGCAAUGGAAGGAAAUGAAUGUGCUCUCUGAUGAUGAUCGUAGGAGAAUCUAUAUUCCACUCAUACGUGUUUUUCUACAGAAGAUCUAGAGGCCCUUAAAGAUGUGCAGAGUGAAUUUCUCUGAAGAGCAGGGGCACUCGAGGCUCCACAUCUGCGCCAGCCUUGCCAUAUUUAUUAAUUGUGCCACUGCAUGGAGAGAGCAGAUACAACCAGGGUUGAUUCGGGUUGGGCAAGUUGGCUCUAGCUGACCGAUAUGGAAAUGUCUGAGAUCCUGCUUUCUCCUCGUGUGCUGAGGGUUGACCAUGUAUGACGUUAAUUUCUGUCCGAUCCCAUUGAUGAACUUUCCGUGUCACAGUGGUUGUCGGCAGAUCAUUUUCUGUGGUUUUGUAUUGUAUCUGGACCCAUUAUCAUUUUCAAUAAAAUACCCCAUUCCUCCA